AUGCGUCGGUGCAUUGGAGUUGGUCUUAGACACCACCCUCAUUGCAAGAAAUGUGCACGUAGUGGCGAAGAAAAGGUGCCAGACCAGAGGCUCCCCACGCUCAUAGGGGUGAGGAACGACCCAACAUGGCUGGACGGUGGAGUGGCCGUGAGGCAGGCAGAAGGGGGCGCCACUAUUCCAUUGGACGACGCGGAGGGCGCGCGAGGCGGCGGAUGGUGUGCGGAGGCGCCCAAUCCACGCUGCAACAAAACACACCAUCGUUCCUCCUUUCUUCCGCCGCCGCCAGAGUUUCCUCUUCUAGUUAGGGUUUCCUCGAUCCCCAAUUUUCCCACCCCAACCCUAGCUCCGAUCCACCCGGUGGCGGCUGCAGAGGGCAAGAAGAAGAUCAUCAAGCUUAAGAGUUCGGACGGUAAGGAGUUUGAGGUGGAGCAAGCGGUGGCCAUGGAGUCGCAAAUGAUCCGGCACAUGAUCGAGGACGGCUAUACUGACAACGGCUUGUUGCUCCGCAAUGUCAACUCAAAGAUCCUCUCCAAGGUCAUUGAGUACUGCAACAAACACGUCCAAGCAAAGGCCACCGACAUAUCUGAUUUUGGAGGAGGAGCUAGGGUGUCAGAUGCUACAUCGGCUGUGCCUGCGGCGCUCGUGGAGGACCUAAAAACCUGGGAUGCAGAUUUCGUCAAGGUCGACAAGGACACCAUAUUCGACAUCAUGCUGGCUGCAAACCACCUCAACAUCAAGGGGCUCCUAGACCUGACUUGCCAGGCCGUCGCUGACAUGAUGACGGGAAAGACGCCAGAGGAGAUCCGCAAGAUCUUCAACAUCAAUGAGAAAUUAAAACCUGAGGAGGAGGAGGAGAUCCGCAGGGAGAACUAGUGGGCCUUUGAGUAGAGGAACAUCUAGGCCGCGCUGAAGUAAUGAACGCUUAGUAUUACCAAUGUCUACAUUUUAGUGUGCUUGUUUAUGUCAUAAUGGGUUGUAAGGAACCAAGAAUCUAUAAGGUGGUGUUGGUGAACUUAUUCAGUGGUUAUGUUUGCAAAAAAAUGGUGGUCAUAAUUAUCAUUUGUCAAAUGAA